GCUCGCCUCCUGCAUCCAUCCAGCCUCAUUCCUCUCCUCUCUCCUCCCUGUCCACUCCCCUACCCUACCCAUGUCUAGCUGGCAGACAGACUGACGCGCCACUGUGUACCAUGCCCUGUUGUUAGAACCCACUCAUCCAUAGCCCUGACAGGGGUGGUCUAGCUUUCUCUCUCUCUCUGUGUCUCUCUCUAUUGCUCGGGGCAGAUACUCCCUGGAUGGAUACACUGAGGGAGGCUGUUAGCUGAUAUCGACGGGAGGAAAAAUAUCAAGGAGGAACCCACUGCGGUCGUCGAAUUCGAGGUGGUUAGGUUUUAGGUGUCUACCUGGUGACAAGCCCCUCCUGACUGAACCCCUCUAUAGUCGCAGCGCCCCCCACUGACAGGCAUCAUGGCGGGGGCUUCAGUGAAGGUGGCGGUCCGGGUCCGUCCCUUCAACUCUCGAGAGAUCGGGAAGGACAGCAAGUGCAUCAUCCAGAUGUCAGGGAACACCACAACAAUAAUAAACCCCAAACAGCCAAAGGAGAACAAGAGCUAUAACUUCGACUACUCUUACUGGUCACACACAACACCGGACGACAUCAACUAUCAUUCCCAGAAGCAGGUGUACAAGGACAUUGGGGAGGAGAUGUUGCUGCAUGCCUUUGAGGGAUACAAUGUUUGUAUCUUUGCCUAUGGCCAGACUGGAUCUGGGAAGAGCUACACCAUGAUGGGCAAGCAGGACCAGAAGGACCAGCAAGGCAUCAUCCCUCUGCUGUGUGAGGACCUCUUCACCAAGAUAAGUGACAGUAAUAAAGACAACAGCUUGUCCUACUCCGUAGAGGUGAGCUACAUGGAGAUCUACUGUGAGCGUGUGCGUGACCUGCUGAACCCAAAGAACAAGGGGAACCUGCGUGUGAGAGAGCACCCCCUGAUGGGGCCGUACGUGGAGGAUCUGUCCAAACUGGCCGUCACCUCCUACAACGACAUCGACGACCUCAUGGAGUCUGGCAACAAGGCCAGGACGGUGGCAGCCACCAACAUGAACGAGACCAGCAGCCGCUCUCACGCUGUCUUCAACAUCAUCUUCACUCAGAAGAAACACGACAUGGAUUCAGAAAACACAUCUGAGAAGGUGAGCAAGAUCAGCCUGGUGGAUCUGGCUGGGAGUGAGAGAGCCGACUCAACAGGAGCCAAAGGAACCAGGCUGAAGGAAGGAGCAAAUAUCAACAAAUCUCUGACCACACUGGGGAAAGUCAUCUCUGCUUUAGCUGAAGUGGACUCAGCACCAAAUAAGAACAAGAAGAAGAAGAAGGUGGAGAGCCAUAUCCCCUACAGAGACUCAGUGCUGACCUGGCUACUUAGAGAGAACCUGGGAGGUAACUCUCGCACCGCCAUGGUGGCAGCCCUCAGCCCUGCUGACAUCAACUAUGACGAGACCCUGAGCACCCUCAGGUAUGCUGACCGCGCCAAACAGAUCCGCUGUAACGCCGUCAUCAACGAGGACCCUAACAACCGCCUGGUGCGUGAGCUUAAGGAGGAGGUGUGUCGACUCAAGGACCUCCUCUACGCCCAGGGCCUGGGAGAUAUCAUAGACACCUUUCAGUCUGGAGAUUAUGCUGCAAACUUGUGCGAUUACAAGAACUUUGUCAAUAAUCGCCAGGCUGUCAAUCAAACGGGUGAUCUAUCCACAGUGACCAAUGCCAUGACUGGGAUGAGCCCCUCCCCCUCUCUCUCCGCCCUGUCCAGCCGUGCGGGCUCUAUGGCAAACCUGCAUGACCGCAUCUUCAGCCCCGCCUCCGAGGAGGCCAUAGAAAGACUCAAGGAAACAGAGAAAAUCAUUGCUGAGCUCAAUGAGACAUGGGAGGAGAAGUUGCGCCGUACUGAAGAUAUCCGGAUGCAGAGGGAGGCCCUACUAGCUGAGAUGGGCGUGGCCAUGAGAGAAGAUGGAGGCACCGUCGGCGUGUUCUCCCCCAAGAAGACCCCUCACCUGGUAAACCUGAAUGAGGACCCACUGAUGUCUGAAUGCUUACUCUACUACAUCAAAGAUGGGACUACCAAGGUUGGACGUGAAGAUGCCAGAAGUCGCCAGGACAUCGUGCUCAGUGGCCAUUUUAUCCAAGACGAACACUGCACCUUCAGUAGCACCACAGGCCACGGGGGAGAAGAUGAUGAUGACACAGGGAACGUCAUCCUGGAGCCCUGCGAGGGGGCGGAGAUCUACGUCAACGGGAAACUGGUGACCACGCCUACUCUGCUUCGUUCAGGAAACCGCAUUAUCAUGGGGAAAAGCCAUGUGUUCCGCUUCAAUGACCCGGAGCAGGCGCGGCAGGAGCGGGAGAGGACCCCCUGUGCUGAGACCCCCGUGGAGCCCGUGGACUGGGCCUUCGCCCAGAGAGAGCUGCUGGAUAAACAGGGCAUCGACAUGAAGCAGGAGAUGGAGUCAAGGCUUCAAGAGUUAGAAGAUCAAUACCGCCGUGAACGAGAGGAGGCCAGUAACCUUCUGGAACAACAGAGACUGGACUAUGAAAGUAAACUGGAGGCCCUGCAGAAACAGGUGGACAGAAACUCCCGUUACCUGGAGUCCCCAGAAGAAGAGGAGGAGCCUGAGGAGGAAGUUUUUCCCAUAGUUCCGUGGACCAAGCGUGAGAUGGAACUGGCAAUGUGGGCGUUCCGUAAGUGGCGUUUCUACCAGUUCACCUCCCUCAGGGACCUGCUGUGGGGUAAUGCCAUCUUCCUCAAGGAAGCCAACGCCAUCAGUGUGGAGCUCAAGAAGAAGGUCCAGUUCCAGUUUGUGCUGCUGACAGACACACUGUACUCCCCGUUGCCCCCGGACCUGCUGCCCUCCAGCGUGGCGAAGGAGAGGGAGAGACGGCCCUUCCCCCGCACCAUAGUAGCUGUGGAGGUCCAGGACCAGAAGAACGGGGCCACACACUACUGGACCUUGGAGAAACUCAGACAGAGGCUGGACCUGAUGAAGGAGAUGUACGACCGUGCGGCGGAGGUACCUAGCAGCACCGUGGAGGACUGUGACCAGGCCCUGACUGGAGGAGACCCCUUCUAUGACCGCUUCCCAUGGUUCCGUCUGGUGGGCAGGGCCUUUGUGUACCUGAGUAACCUGCUCUACCCCGUGCCGCUGGUGCACCGCGUGGCCAUCGUCAGUGAGAAGGGAGAGGUGAAGGGCUUCCUCAGGGUGGCAGUGCAGGCCAUCUCAGCUGAUGAAGAAGCCCCUGACUAUGGUUCCGGUGUAAGGCAGUCAGGAACCGCCAAGAUAUCUUUUGAGGACCAACAGUUUGAGAAGGUAGAAUCAUUCCAGACAGAGUCGUGUUCUGGCGGCAUGUCCCAUUCUAACACCUCUCAAGAGCUACGCUUCGUGGAAGGGGAGGGACAGAACUCUGAUAUAGGAGCUGACCCUGACGAGGUCAACAACAACACCUGUGCAGACUUGUCCCCCAUCACAGCCACACCAGAGGUCCCCAGGAGCCCACUGAAGGGAGGUCUGGGCCUGGGUCUGGAACUGCCCCUGGAGAAGGCCCUGUCCCACCUCCACAUAGGCUCCACCUUCACCUUCAGGGUCACAGUGCUGCAGGCCUCCAGCAUUUCCGCUGAGUACGCUGACAUCUUCUGCCAGUUCAACUUCAUCCACCGACAUGAUGAGGCUUUCUCCACUGAGCCACUGAAGAACACUGGCAGAGGACCUCCUCUGGGAUUCUACCAUGUACAGAAUAUCACGGUAGAGGUCACCAAGUCGUUUGUGGAGUACAUCAAGACCCAGCCCAUUGUCUUUGAAGUGUUUGGCCACUACCAGAAACAGCCAUUCCCACCCCUCUGCAAAGACCUCAUCAGUUCACACUUCUAUUUCAGUCCCCUUAGACCUUCUAGGAGGCAGUUCCCGAGGGUCAUGCCCUUGUCUAAACCAGUGCCAGCCACCAAGCUGAAUACCCUGACCCGUUCCACGGCCGGUCCAUGCCACUCCAAAUAUGACCUCAUGGCCUUCUUCGAGAUCUGUGAGCUGGAGGCCAAUGGAGACUACAUCCCUUCAGUGGUGGACCACAGAGGGGGCAUGCCCUGCCACGGAACCUUCCUGCUUCAUCAGGGCAUCCAACGGAGGAUCACAGUCACCAUAGCGCACGAGACAGGAAAUGAUGUGGAGUGGAAGGAGGUCAAGGAGCUGGUGGUGGGGCGUAUCCGGAAUACUCCAGAGGCCGAUGAGACCAUCAUCGACCCCAACAUCCUGUCUCUCAACAUUCUGUCUGCGGGCUACAUCUGGCCCUCAUAUAAUGACAAUGUGUCCCUGGGAGUUGACCAUAGGACGUUUUACCGAUUUGAGGCGGCGUGGGAUAGCUCCAUGCACAACUCCCUCCUCCUGAACCGUGUCACUCCCUAUGGAGAAAAGAUCUGCAUCACUCUCUCAGCUUACCUAGAGAUGGAGAACUGCACCCAACCAACAGUGAUCACCAAGGACUUCUGUAUGGUGUUCUACUCCCGUGACGCCAAGCUCCCCGCCUCACGCUCCAUCAGGAACCUCUUCAGCACCGGCUGUCUCAGGCCCUCAGAGAGUAAUCGUGUCACUGGAGUGUAUGAAGUCAGUCUCUGCCAUGUCGCUGAUGCCGGAAGUCCCGGCAUGCAGCGGCGGCGCAGGCGUGUCUUGGACACCUCAGUGGCGUACGUCCGUGGGGAGGAGAACCUGGCUGGGUGGAGGCCCCGUAGCGACAGCCUCAUCCUGGACCACCAAUGGGAGCUGGAGAAACUCAGCCUGCUGCAGGAGGUGGAGAAGACCAGGCACUACCUGCUGCUGCGGGAGAAACUGGAGGCCACUCUGGCAGUGGGGCAGGACACGCUCUGCAAGAGUGGUGAAAUUAGCGACUUUGCCAAGAGCCCCAUCCUCAGCCACUGCCCCGGGGGUAGCCCUUCCAUGGAGAGCCCCAGCCAGAGGCAGAGGGAGCUGGCUGCCAAGUGUCUGCGGCUGCUCAUGCACACCUUCAACAGGGAGUACAGCCAGGUGAGCAGCAGUGCCAGUGAGAGCAAGCUGUCUGAGAUGUCAGCGUCGCUGAUGUCGCCGUCCUCUUCUAGUCUGAGCACGCUAACUCCGUCCUCUACUUGCCCCUCAUUGGUGGAGGGCCAUUAUGACAUCAGACACACUGAGCCCAGCUCUGGAGCUUCCACCCCAGACCUGGACCCCUUCAGUCCUGUGGACAAGAAGAGGACCCUGGGUAGAGGCUGCACCUUUGUCCCUGACAUCCAGGAGAUCCGCGUCAGCCCCAUCGUGUCUAAGAAAGGCUACCUGCAUUUCCUGGAGCCCCACUCCAGUGGCUGGGUGAAGCGCUAUGUAGUGGUGCGCCGGCCCUACGUCUACCUGUACCGCAGUGAGAGGGACAGCGUGGAGCGUUCCGUCAUCAACCUUUCCUCCGCCCAGGUGGAAUACAGCGAGGACAAGCAGACCCUGCUCCGGACUCCAAACACGUUUGCAGUGUGCACCGAGCAUCGUGGAAUACUCCUCCAGGCCAGUAAUGACAAGGAGAUGCAUGACUGGCUGUAUGCUUUUAACCCCCUGCUCGCCGGAACCAUCAGGUCUAAGCUCUCCAGAAGAAAGUCAGGCCCGAGGAUGUGAGAAACAGGAACACCUGCUGUGGGGGGAGGGGGG